CCUACGGCAGCGGCGGCGGCAACAACAACUACCAGCGGGAGCGGAAGCAGCGACGCCAACAGCGACGCCAGCAGCGGCGGUACGAAAGCGGUGUGAAUUUUUCUAUAAACUCGGGUCCGCCCUUAUGCUGGCCAACAUUCGCGAUUGUGAUACGGAGCAUAAGGCCGCCAUGCGAGCAGAAAGCUGCCAAACCAAAGUCUGACCUUCGAAAUUUUGCACAACUCUUGCCACAGUCAACUAAUAACAAACACACGGCAAACAACCAACAACCAACAAACAACGAAACAAACAACCAAACAAACAAGCAACGAAACAAAUAACUCUAAAAGCGAGCAACAAUCGACACAAAAGUUCCUAAAUCAAAGUCACAUUUUGUGCGCGCACACAAGUUCCUAAGUAGCCGAAAAGCUGAAAAGCCAGCGAAACAAUUGCAACAGCAACAUCAGAAGACAGCAGCAACAUUAGCAAACAGCAGCAACACCAGCAAACAACAGCAACAUGACAGCAUUGGGAUUAGUUUUGCUAUCCAUGAUGGGCUAUAGCCAGCACAUGCAGGAGGCGAAUAUCGGAGAUGGAGUGGCCACCGCUCGACUUAUCUCCCGGUCCGACUGGGGCGCCCGCUUUCCCAAAUCCGUGGAGCACUUCGAAGGUCCCGCCCCCUAUGUGAUCAUCCACCACUCAUAUAUGCCAGCGGUAUGCUACAGCACGCCGGACUGCAUGAAGAGCAUGCGGGACAUGCAGGACUUUCACCAACUGGAGCGCGGCUGGAAUGAUAUCGGCUAUAGUUUCGGGAUCGGCGGCGACGGAAUGAUCUAUACCGGAAGGGGAUUCAAUGUUAUCGGAGCUCAUGCCCCCAGAUACAAUGACAAGAGUGUGGGCAUCGUGCUGAUCGGAGAUUGGAGAACUGAACUGCCGCCCAAACAGAUGCUGGAUGCGGCCAAGAACCUGAUUGCCUUCGGGGUCUUCAAGGGUUACAUUGACCCCGCCUACAAGCUGCUGGGUCACAGACAGGUGCGGGAUACCGAGUGUCCCGGGGACAGGCUGUUCGCCGAGAUCAAUACUUGGUCGCACUUCACCCAACUAAACGCCACCGAGGCCAUCACUCCUGCCCCAGUUGAACCCCACGUUCACAUGCCAGCCCAUCCUCCGGCGGCACCAAAAUCCCCUCCAGCUGUGCCCAAGGUCUAGUUAAGGUCUGGGCACCCAGACCCUCAUCCCUCGCAAAAGCAGUUUAAGAGAAGCCACAACGAGCUCGGCUCCCCGCACAACGCCAAGGAGUUCAUUCAGUAUUCAUUAGAUGUCUCUUCGAACAUUUCACAAAUAAAGCAAUUUCUAGAUGAUAACACUUAAACAUAA